CAAACAUGUAAAUUUUCCUUCACUCCUCAAACUUGGUGAGAGCUUAUCGUUACGCACGAGACAAUCUGCCCUGUCCACAAGUAGAGAAACCGUGUAAGGCUGGUCACCUUUCCCCAAUGUCAGAUACCUCUCAUUCACCAUACGAGGCGGACGCGCUUCGCUCCUCGGAUGACAAAGACGACGCCUCCAGCGCAACGACCUUGAUGCUAAGCGAAGUGGCAGAAGCUAAUUGGGGAAAAAAGCGUGGCCAGAGCUUCUUACACUACCUUGAGGAACAUCAUGGGUCACGUUGUGGGUGUGGCUCCUUAUCCAACUUGAUCACUACCAUGCUCCUUCUGGUCUCUGCGUGUCUCAAUGUGUAUCUGGCAUUCGGGCGCCCGCCGCGAAUCGUGACGCAUCAUGACGUUGAUGUGGGAUGCGGCGCCUUCCCCCUAGGGUCGGAUCCCUCCGGUUAUGUUCCACGAGAUGUGGGGUACCCACUUCGCUGGACCAAAUGGGACGAGCAUGAUGACUUCUACAUCUCGCCCGCAACAUUCGACAGCUGGGAGAACAUUCAAAAGUCGGCAGCGCGGCUUAGGGCAGUCCACAAUGAUGUCUUUGUGCACUCCAACGGCCAAAAAGCAACAUAUCUCGCUUAUGAUGGGGUGCGCAAGGAGCUGCCGCCUGAGGGUGGCCAGUUCGGCCUGGAAUUGUACGGCAUCCAGGCCUUUCAUCAGAUACAUUGCGUGUAUGUCCUCCUUGAGUCUGUAGGCUGGGCACGCCACAAUCGCUCGUCCCAAUGGCACGGUGAGCAUGUCGCGCAUUGCCUCAAUACGUUGACGCAAGCGGCAACUUGCCUUGCGGAUUCGCGGCCCUUUGCCUACGUCGUCAAAAGCGGUCACCGCACCGACGGACAGCAGAACUGGUGCCGCGACUUCGGCGCUCUGGUGAAUUGGGUCAACGACCCGGUGAGGGAUCACAAUUUUCACUACGAGCUGGACUGGAACGACACUGAUCAUUUCAUGCCCAUCUACCGCAACGGCUCCGUUGCGGGCAAAUCUGUCGACAAGGCUGUUUGGUAAAUGCCCAAGUCCGACUUGCCACAUGGAUCAAGAAGUUCUUUGGCUAUGGACAUGGGUUCUUGGUCUAAAUAUUGAGUUCAAUCGGCUACUUCUCCGGUGAUUGUUGGCUACGUUUUAAAUACCGACAUAGGCUUCCCUGUCACCACUGGAGUUUUGACUCUAUUACUUUUACAAAUUACUAUAAAAAGGAUGUACACUAACCAAAACCGCUCAAAGUCUACAGAGAUCUUUUACUUCUUAUUAUCUUUAUAACCUAAUAGAAGUUUUACUUAAGUAAAAAAAAG